CACCACCUGUCAGUUUUUGUCUGUCGUCGGUCUUGGUGGAUUGUGUUGUGGUUUUCGGUGCUCAAAAAUGUAUUUCGAGGCCUAAGCCCUAAUACGUUGUGUUAACAAUGAAAAGUAGUCCCAGUCGUAAAUAUGAGAGUUUCACCAACGAGCAGCAAGGGAAGGAAACUGAUAAAUACUCGCUAGACAGUCAAGACACCGCCAGUCUGCAUUCCAACCCGGAGGAGCGGCGUGUGAUCGACGUGGGAGUAGGCGCCGGCGACAUGUGGAUCAGCGCCGUAGAGGGGUCCAUCCUCACCUGGGAGGAGGUAGCCGACCGUCUCCACGUAGACGUCCGCCGCGGUCUAUCAUGGCGGGAGGCGAACGACCGAAUGAACUUCGUCGGUCCCAACGAGUUCCAGGUCAAAGAAGAGGAUCCGCUGUGGAAGAAGUAUAUCGAGCAGUUCCAGAACCCGUUGAUACUGCUGCUACUCGGUUCCGCCGUAGUAAGUAUCAUCAUGCGUCAAUACGACGACGCCAUUUCCAUCACCGUCGCCAUCAUGAUCGUGGUCACCGUCGCCUUCGUUCAAGAAUAUCGUUCAGAGAAGUCGCUCGAAGAACUUAAUAAACUCGUCCCGCCUACUUGUAACUGCCUUCGUGAGGGCAGCAUCGAGCACUUCCUCGCCCGAAAUCUCGUUCCCGGCGACAUAGUCCAUCUCAACGUCGGCGACCGAGUUCCAGCUGACUUACGACUAUUUGAUUCUACGGAUUUGGCUAUAGACGAAAGUUCCUUUACGGGAGAAACGGAACCGGCGGUUAAGAAUAUACUACCGAAUAAGGCCGCUGCUGGUAGAGUGAAUAAGGAUAAUAUAGCGUUUAUGGGUACGCUGGUGCGAUGCGGUAAUGCUAAGGGCAUAGUGGUCAGCACAGGCGAACGCUCCGAAUUCGGCGACAUUUUCCGCAUGAUGCAAGCCGAAGAGGCCCCUAAGACGCCCCUGCAGAAGUCCAUGGACACCCUCGGGGCACAGCUGUCCCUAUACUCCUUCUGCAUCAUCGGUUUCAUCAUGGUGACGGGCUGGCUUCAGGGGAAGGCUCUCCAGGAGAUGUUCACCAUUAGUGUCAGUUUGGCUGUUGCUGCGAUUCCUGAAGGGCUACCCAUAGUGGUGACCGUGACUCUCGCGUUGGGCGUGAUGCGGAUGGCCAAGCGCAACGCGAUUGUGAAAAAACUACCCACCGUCGAGACUCUCGGCUGUGUUAAUGUCAUCUGCAGUGACAAGACUGGAACGCUAACGAAGAACGAGAUGACAGUUACCUGUAUGUCUACUUCCGGCGGCCAUAUUGCGGAAGUUCGCGGCGCGGGAUAUAACGCACGCGGCGACAUCCAACUACGUGCUUAUAAAGGACGAGACUUGGACGUAGCGCGAUCUGCUCUACAGACCAUGCUUGAGGUGGGCGUCCUAUGCAACAACGCGGUCAUCCGCGACGAAACUCUAUACGGGCAGCCGACAGAGGGCGCUUUACUCGCGGCGGCCAUGAAGAACGGAAUGGAUGAUGUCAGAACACAAUAUACCAGGCUGCAUGAGAUACCAUUCAGUUCAGAAACGAAGAUGAUGGUGGUGAAAUGUGCCCCAAAAUUCAACGAUGGCAAGCUGAAAGAAGAAGUGUUUGUGAAGGGAGCUAUAGAGAAGAUAUUGCCGCUGUGCACACAGUAUAUAGAUAGCGCGGGCAACUAUUCGCCAGUCACCAAAGAAAAGCAGAACGAUUUUAUGACGGAGGCGUACAAUAUUGGGAGAAUGGGUCUCCGAAUCAUAGCCUUAGCACGCGGCGCGUCGCUCGACGCACUCACAUACACGGGAGUGUGCGGAGUGUGCGACCCCCCGCGACCCGGCGUGUGCGACGCCAUCGCUACUCUACGCAGAGCUGCUGUCGAUGUGAAAAUGCUUACUGGAGACGCCAGGCCCACUGCGCUUGCUGUUGCUCAAAUGGUCGGCCUAGACGUGCUCCACUCCCAAUCUCUCUCCGGUGACCAGUUGGACACAAUGGCGGACGACGAGUUGGACCGAGUCAUCGAUUCUGUCAGCGUGUUCUACCGAGUCACGCCGAAACAUAAGUUAUCGAUAGUGAAAUCGUUGCAGCGGCUAGGAAAUAUCGUUGGGAUGACUGGGGACGGAGUAAACGACGGCGUGGCCUUAAAACGCGCGGACAUCGGCAUCGCUAUGGGCAACGGAACUGACGUGUGUAAGGAGGCCGCCGAUAUGAUACUAGUCGAUGAUGACUUCGCUACCAUCAUCGCCGCGAUAGAAGAAGGGAAAUGCAUCUUCUACAACAUUCGCAAUUUCGUCCGCUUCCAACUAUCCACCUCGAUUGCUGCGUUAUCGCUUAUCGCUCUUGCUACGCUCAUGGGCAUACCAAACCCCCUUAACGCCAUGCAGAUACUGUGGAUCAACAUUAUUAUGGACGGGCCCCCAGCGCAGUCUCUCGGCGUGGAGCCCGUGGAUCACGAAGUAGUCCGUCGUCGACCACGAGACACGACACGAAGAAUUAUCUCGAGAUCUCUACUUGCUAACGUGUUGUUGUCGGCCGCCAUCAUUAUAGCUGGGACUUUGUGGGUAUUCAACAGGGAGAUGUCAGAUAACAAGAUCACGCCCCGCGACACGACAAUGACCUUCACCUGUUUCGUCCUGUUCGACAUGUUCAACGCCCUCUCGUGCCGCUCGCAGACAAAAUCGGUGUUCCAAGUGGGGUUGUUCUCGAACAAGAUGUUCCUGGCAGCUGUUACAUUGAGUCUGGUGGGGCAGAUGCUGGUUGUGUACUUCCCGCCGCUGCAGAGGGUUUUCCUCACUGAAUCACUAACCGGACAUGAUAUCAUCUUCCUAGUAUGCCUAACGUCGAGUGUAUUCAUCGUGAGUGAAAUUAAGAAAGUAGUGGAGCGGUCGCUCAAGAAGCGUUCUUUUGGCAAGUUCCCGACCAAGGCGCACGACGCGCUGGACUUCGUAUGACAGGAGGAGCGGAAGGAGGAGUAAGCCACAACGCACUCAAAGAAACUUGUGGCGAAACGGACAGUAUAAAAAACUUGUGUCAACCAUCAUCAUCAGUGCACCUUAGAGAAUCAUCAAACGACCCACUUAUCGUUUCGAGCGUGUUUAAAUCUCAUAGUGAUAAUUUUGUGCACCUCAGAGACUCUUCAUCUGGCGCGCAACUCACAGUUUCAAGCGAGCCCGGGCAUCACAUAGAUUCGGACGUGUUUCUAUCUCAUAGUGAUAAUUUCGUGCAAUACAGAGAAUCUUCAUCAGGUGAAGACCCCUUACUCAGAGAUUCAAACGUGUAUUUAUCUCAUAGUGAUAAUUUUGUGCGACUCGGAGACCCUUCAUCAAGCGCAGUCCCCAGGCAUACAGUUUCAAACGUGAUACAGUCUCAUAAUGAUAAUUUCGUGCACCUCCGAGACUCUUCAUCGGGUGAUCCGGUCCAACUUAGGGUGUCCGACGUGUUUUUAUCUCGUAGUGACAAUGAGUACGCUAAAGAUUUGUAUAGAACGGUCAAUAGGGAUGGUAGUGAAUGUUUUAGUAGCUGGCUUGGUGAACCUUUAGAUGGCGAACGUAAGAUUUUGAUUGAGUAAAUUUUAGUGCAAAAGUAUGGUUUUU